CAGUUGAUCCAGAAAUGAGAGAAUUCGAGUUUGGAGCAGAGAGACUUAAGCAGGAGUUUGAAAUAAUAAAAAAGGAUCCUUUCACUCAUUGCAGCUGUGGACCUGAUGGUGAUGAUAUCUUUAAGUGGCAAGCAAUAAUCAUGGGGCCUCCUAGUUCCCCAGCAGAGGAUGGCCUUUUUUUUCUCUCUAUCGAUAUCCCUGAAGAUUAUCCCUUCAAUCCACCAAAGAUCAAGUUCCAGACAAAGGUAUAUCAUCCAAGUAUUGACGAAGACGGCAACAUCUAUGUUGAUAUAUUGGAAGAUCGAUGGACCCCUGCUAUGUCUAUCAUGACAUUGUUAAUCUCUAUAUGGUCUAUGCUUGCAGACCCAACCAUAGUAGACCCUUCUGGUCCUUUGGCUGAUCUUGACAGCAAGGAAAGGAAGAACUUUGACAAGAAAGCAAGGGAAUGGACAUUUAAGUACGCAAUGGACUGAAUUCCUAGAUUCUCCUAGUUCUUUUUUAUGAACAUACUUUGUAGAGUAUUAUAUCCAUCACACGCAUAUACUCCUGACUAGCAUGUAAAGCUUCUUGGACUGCUUUGAAGAUCAUCUGAAAUACAUAUUUUGAGAAGAUGAUACCAGUGGUUUGAUUCAUUACUCUCUUUUAU